GUAACAGUCCGCAAUGUUUCCGAGAGGCGCUUCUCUCGUUCUCCCCCAUUCUGCUCGUAUCUGAUAAGAUUCGUGUUGGUGAACGCGUACAAGUCUAUAUUUAUAACAUUCUAUGCCGCGGGCGACCGAAUCAGUCGCUCUCGGACGUGCCAGUCACGAUGGAGUCGUUGCUAUUCUCGUCACCUUUUGCGCUUUUGUUGAUCACUCUGAUCAGUAUCGGCGUGAUAAAAGUUAUCGCCAAUGUGCACUAUCAGUACACCUACUGGAAGAAACGAGGGGUCCCUUACAUACGUGCUAUCCCGAUCUUAGGAACUUCUUGGAAAGUGCUCUUGCGACUUACGAGCUUCAACGAAUACAGCAAAUUCGCCUACGAAUAUUUACCGGAUGCCAAGUAUAUCGGACUAAUGGACAUGGCCACUCCUCUGAUUUUAAUCCGCGACCCCGAGGUGAUCAGGGACGUCAUGGUAAAGGACUUUGAACAUUUUCCGGACCACCGUAGCUUCGCGAAUGAGGACAUCGAUCCGUUGUUCGGUAAGAACGUCUUCUCCUUGCGCGGUAACCGCUGGAAAGAGAUGAGGAACACGUUGAGCCCCUCUUUCACCGCCAGCAAGAUGAAAGCCAUGUUCGAGCUGGUGUCGAAGUGUUCCCGCGAAUUUUCUGAGUACCUCGCCGAUCAUCCGGAGGAUUGUUCUUCCAUCGAGACGAAGGAGAUCUUCAGGCGCUACACUACUGACGUAAUCGCCACGUCGGCCUUCGGCAUAAACGUGAAUUCCAUGAAGGAUCGGGACAACGAGUUCUUCACGAGAGGAGUGGAUUCCACUCGGCAAUUCGGCGGCUUCUUGUUCCUGUUGAAGUUUAUCCUAUUCCGCAUGAGUCCGCGACUAAUGAAGGCGCUGGGAAUGAACUUCUUCUCGCCGGCUACUUCGCAAUUCUUCAAGAAAAUCGUGGCGGAGACGAUUAAAAUCCGAGAAGAGCAAGGCAUCAUCAGGCCUGAUAUGAUUCACUUGUUGAUGCAAGCCCGAAAUAAGGAGGGCCUCAGCGUGCACGAGAUGACAUUGGAUGACAUCGUCUCGCAGGCGUUCAUCUUCUUCUUGGCCGGCUUUGACACGUCCGCGUUGCUGAUGUGCUUCAUUGCCCAUGAACUCGCGGUUAACCGGGACAUUCAGGACCGCCUGUAUGAGGAAGUCGAGAAGCAUUUCGCCGAAGGCAACGGCGAGAUUUCCUACGAGUUAGUGUCGAAGAUGGUUUACAUGGACAUGGUGGUGUCCGAAACCCUCCGCAAAUAUCCGCCGGUAGCUGUGACCGACAGGCUCUGCGUGAAGAGUUGCCAGCUGCCUCCGUCGAAACCCGGUUGCAAGAGCUUAAUCGUGGAGCCCAACAACAUUUUAUGGGCGCCCAUUUACGCGUUGCACCAUGACCCCAAAUAUUUUCCGAACCCGGACAAGUUCGAUCCCGAGAGGUUCAGCGACGAGAACAAGGACAAUAUCGUGCCCUACACUUAUAUGCCUUUCGGCCUUGGACCCAGAAAGUGUAUCGGCAAUCGUUUCGCUCUGAUGGAAACGAAACUCCUGAUAGCUUAUCUCCUGCACAAAUUCGUCUUCAAGGCCACCGAGAAGACCAUUUAUCCUGUUGUAUUUGAUAAAAAGCAGUUCAAUUUGCAACCCGAAGGCGGAUUCUGGAUCGCGUUGGAGAAGAGGGAGAAGUAAAAUGAGGCAUCACGUUAGAUAGUUUAGGAAUGGCUUAUUCUAUAAUAUAGUAGAUGUUCAGUUGUUCGAUGGUCAGGAUAUACAGGGUGUAUUAGUUCUCGCGACAUUAAUUAAUAUGUAUACUCGAACUUAAAUGGAGAUGAAAAUUCCAUAGAAUGUCGUGGUUAUGAUAGUUUUUAAAUAUGAAACGUUUCAAGAGAGUGGACAUAUCACAGAGCUCGCGCGCUCUCGCAUGGUACAAUAUACAAUGAUUUAAGUGUCAUCAUAGAUUCUAAUUUACAACAAUAAAAACAUUUUUGCAUUAGAAUCGCCAUAAGUAA